AUGGGGUCUCCCAACAUUUCAGUUUUAUGUUCUGCAACAAGUUUGGCCAUGUUGGAGGACCAUCCAAAGGUCAGCGAGUUGGCUACGGGUGAUUGGGUGCUCACUCAGAAGCCAAAGUCUAUUACUGUGCCCGUGGAAAUCCCCAGAUCACUUCUGG